ACACGGUGGGAAAAGCAACAGGUAGCUCAAUGUAUGCUAGCGUUCCUGACUGUAGCAUCACAGACCACACCUGUGAAGAUGGCCCAGGUUAAGUCACCCGUGGAUGGUGUCAAGAGUCAGCAGCAGCGUGCAGAGAUGUACUCUGAUAUUACCAUCGUCAGCUCCAGCGCAGAUGUGGGAAGCCCAGCCAGAAAAGGUCCAUUUGACAGUAUGGCCCUAGGCCUCAGCAGGCGUGGGAGAGCCUACCCAUCCCCAGCGCGCAGGCGCCAUCGCACCACCUUCAGUCACAAGCAGCUGGACCAGCUGGAGAUGGCGUUUGGACAGAACCACUACCCCGACAUCUACUGCCGUGAGGAACUAGCGCGGCUCACCAAACUCAAUGAGGCACGCAUACAGGUAUGGUUCCAAAAUCGCCGUGCCAAAUACCGCAGGCAGGAGCGUGCGUCUCAGAAGCUCUUGCCAAUGGCCAUGAUGCCAGGGCACGGGGCACUGUUGGGCAGCAUGUGUGUUCAGUCCACAGGGUUGACCCGUCAGUACUACCCUCACUCCCUGGCUCACCAUAUCCCCCGGUUCCCUUCUAUGCUGCCCUCAGGUGGUUAUUCUCACUCCCACCACCCAGGCUCAGCCAGCCAGUGUUCCUGCCCCACAGUCCCACCAGAGCCACAACCCCCCCGCCAGCACGAGGAGUGGUACAGCCCUCUACGGAACAUUGGAGCCCCACCCAGCAACCUGGCCACACCUGUGUUCUCCCUGACCUCCCUGCCUGCUCUAGACCCUGGCUCUCACUGGAACUAAAGAAAGAGUAACUUCUACGUCGGGAAGUAGACAAGCUCUUAUAGGCUGUGUCUCGAAGAACAGUUAUUCAUUGCACCUUAGAUUAGAUGACAAAAUACAGUUUUUUGUAUCUAUACAGUGAUAGCUAGUAACUAAAGAACAGGAAGAAUUUAGAGAAUAGUGAAAAUGACUAAACUCCUUCUCCCAUUGAAUAACUGACAUUGCAUGUUUUCUUGAAAGUUCAGGGUAGCCAAACUGAGAGAAAGACAUUCGUGGGUAGUCUUGAAUUAUCCACAUAGAUUGUCUGAAAUAUACACUAUACAUCUUUCUAAUGCCUUUUGUAUUUUCACAGUAAAUAAAGUAGUGUAUAUCGGGA